CUGAGCCAUGUGUCUCCACUUGCUCCACUAGCAUCACAGUGACCUGGGGAGUGUGUGAAAAAGGCCAAUGCCUGGUCUUCCCUCGGUCCCCCUGAAUCGGAAUCUCCGGGUGGGCUUCCAUACCCCCAUUUUAUCCAGUUCUCCAGGUGAUUAUCUUUCACACUCAAGUUUGAGGAUGGCUGUCUUCAAGGACUUGACCAUUCUCUUACCUCAGUUGGGGUUGGUGUGUCCCUGGUUACAUAAUUCUUCAAAGAAGUGUCUGCCAUUUUUCCUGAAUGGUAUCUGUACCACGUUUUGACCAAAAACACCACAGUCACAGAACAGAACCGGAACCUGCUAGUGGAGACCAUCCGUUCCAUCACCGAGAUCCUGAUUUGGGGAGAUCAGAAUGACAGCUCUGUGUUUGACUUCUUCCUGGAGAAGAAUAUGUUUGUUUUCUUCUUGAACAUCCUGCGGCAGAAAUCAGGCCGCUAUGUGUGCGUUCAGCUGUUGCAGACCUUGAACAUCCUCUUUGAGAAUAUCAGUCACGAGACCUCACUUUAUUAUUUGCUCUCUAAUAAUUAUGUAAAUUCUAUCAUUGUACAUAAGUUUGACUUUUCCGAUGAAGAGAUUAUGGCAUAUUAUAUAUCGUUCCUGAAAACACUUUCAUUAAAACUCAACAACCACACUGUCCAUUUUUUUUACAAUGAGCACACUAAUGACUUUGCCCUGUACACAGAAGCCAUCAAAUUUUUCAAUCACCCUGAAAGCAUGGUUAGAAUUGCUGUAAGAACCAUCACGUUGAACGUCUACAAAGUGUCAUUGGAUAACCAGGCCAUGCUACAUUAUAUCAGAGAUAAAACUGCUGUCCCUUACUUCUCCAAUUUGGUCUGGUUCAUCGGGAGCCACGUGAUCGAACUUGAUAACUGUGUGCAGACUGAUGAGGAGCACCGGAAUCGAGGAAAACUGAGUGACCUGGUGGCUGAGCACCUGGACCACCUGCACUAUCUUAAUGACAUCCUGAUCAUCAACUGUGAGUUCCUCAAUGACGUGCUCACGGACCACCUGCUCAACAGACUCUUCCUGCCCCUCUACGUGUACUCACUGGAGAACCAGGACAAGGGAGGAGAACGGCCCAAAAUCAGCCUGCCGGUGUCGCUCUAUCUUCUGUCGCAGGUCUUCCUAAUUAUACAUCAUGCACCCCUGGUGAACUCGUUAGCUGAAGUCAUUCUGAAUGGUGAUCUGUCUGAGAUGUACGCUAAGACUGAACAGGAUGUUCAGAGAAGUUGUGCCAAGCCCAGCAUUCGGUGCUUUAUUAAACCCACCGAAACACUCGAGCGGUCCCUUGAAAUGAACAAGCACAAGGGCAAGCGGCGGGUGCAAAAGAGACCCAACUACAAAAACGUCGGGGAGGAAGAAGACGAGGAGAAAGGGCCCACCGAGGAUGCCCAAGAUGACGCCGAGAAGGCUAAAGGUACAGAGGGUGGUUCAAAAGGCAUCAAGACGAGUGGGGAGAAUGAAGAGAUAGAGAUGGUGAUCAUGGAGCGCAGCAAGCUCCCAGAGUUGGCGGCCAGCACCUCCAUGCAGGAGCAGAACACCACGGAUGAGGAGAAGAGCGCCGCCACGGGCUUGGAGAGUGUGCAGUGGAACAGGCCCUUCCUGGACAUGGUGUACCAUGCCCUGGAUAGCCCAGACGAUGAUUACCACGCGCUCUUCGUGCUCUGCCUCCUCUACGCCAUGUCUCACAACAAAGGCAUGGAACCUGAAAAACUAGAGCGAAUCCAGCUCCCAGAGCCCAGUGCUGCUGAGAAGACCGUCUACAACCACCUACUGGCUGAAAGACUCAUCAGGAUCAUGAACAGCGCUGCCCAGCCAGAUGGGAAGAUCCGGUUGACGACACUGGAGCUGAGCUGCCUGCUCCUAAAGCAGCAAGUUGUGACCAGCACGGGCUGCAUCAUAAAGGACGUGCAUCUGGCCUGUCUGGAGGGUGCGAGAGAAGAAAGCGUUCACCUACUGCGGCACUUUUAUAAGGGAGAAGAAAUUUUUUUGGACAUGUUUGAAGAUGAGUACAGAAGCAUGACAAUGAAACCGAUGAACGUGGAGUAUCUCAUGAUGGACGUCUCCAUUCUGCUGCCCCCCACGGGCACGCCACUGACGGGCAUUGACUUUGUGAAGCGGCUGCCAUGUGGUGACGUGGAGAGGACCCGGCGGGAUAAGUUCCCAGAAGUGGAAUUUCUGGUUCAAAGGGCCAUCCGGGUGUUCUUCAUGCUCCGUUCGCUGUCACUGCAACUGCGAGGGGAGCCGGAGACCCAGUUGCCACUGACUCGGGAGGAAGAUCUGAUUAAAACCGAUGACGUCCUAGAUCUCAACAACAGCGACCUGAUUGCGUGCACGGUGAUCACCAAGGAUGGCGGCAUGGUCCAGCGAUUCCUGGCUGUCGAUAUUUACCAGAUGAGUUUGGUGGAGCCCGACGUGUCCAGGCUUGGCUGGGGAGUGGUCAAGUUCGCAGGCCUCCUGCAGGACAUGCAGGUGACUGGUGUGGAAGACGACAGCCGUGCCCUAAACAUCACCAUCCACAAGCCUGCCUCCAGCCCCCACUCAAAGCCCUUCCCCAUCCUCCAGGCCACCUUUGUCUUCUCGGACCACAUCCGCUGCAUCAUCGCCAAGCAGCGCCUGGCCAAGGGCCGCAUACAGGCGAGGCGCAUGAAGAUGCAGAGGAUAGCUGCCCUCCUGGACCUUCCAAUCCAGCCGACCACUGAAGUUCUGGGAUUUGGACUCGGCUCCUCCUCUUCCUCCCAGCACCUGCCUUUCCGAUUCUACGACCAGUGCCGCCGAGGCAGCAGUGACCCCACAGUGCAGCGCUCUGUGUUCGCGUCCGUGGACAAGGUGCCAGGCUUUGCCGUGGCCCAGUGCAUAAACCAGCACAGCUCACCAUCCCUGUCGUCGCCCUCGCCAUCUGCCAGCGGGAGCCCCAGCGGCAGCGGGAGCACCAGCCACUGUGACUCAGGAGGUGCCAGCUCCUCGUCCACCUCCUCUGUUGCCCAGAGCCCAUCAGAUGACGCCGUGACUAUGGAACAGCCUCAGCCUAACCUUCCCGAACAGUUGGUGAUCGUCAGCGAAAUGGAAGCAGAUGCCAGGCCCUGCAAGAGCCUGGCAAAGAGCGUGGACAUGGAGACGGUCAGCCUGUCCCCCAGCCUCACCCCGACCCAGCAGCCCACCAUUUCCCUGCUCUGCGAGGACACGGCCGAUGCACUGAGCGUGGAGUCGCUGACCCUCGUCCCACCUGUGGAUCCCCACAGCCUCCAUACCCUCGCAGGCAUCCCCCCGCCACCCCCACUAGCCGCCGAGAGCACGGUGACCCCAGGCAAGGAGAUUGCACAUCCAGAGCCAGCGGGCCCCACUGAGCACUAGUCCGAGCCACGCAGCCUCCCUCUGUGGGUGUGGCUCCGCUGGCAGGGACCCAGGCCACUGACUCCAAAGACACAUUGAGAGCAUCGCUGUGACCAUCUUCACCACCCCCAUGUGCUCCUUCACUCCAUUUGAAUUCCUCUUUCACUUUCCACUUCUUCGAGAGCAGCUGGGACCCAUGGAGACACCCUAGCAAACCCAGAGGACUGAGGUGGCGCCUCGGGAAGUGGUUGGAUUCCUGGUCUGCGUGCCCCCAAGCCUGGGUGGCAGGACCCACCACCACCACUCCAUCAGCCGGCCCUGCCCAGCUCACAGCUCCUCCGUGCAUCCCAGUGUGCACGGAAGAAGCGGACGAGGUCACCAUAGGCAGAAAUUUGCAGGAAAGCGAACUUCGAUCAACAUCUCCUUUGGGUAUUUAUUUCCACUUUUGGCAGCAGGUGGAAAGCAUUUAUUUUAAAAGCACCUAUUUUGUUGAAAAGUCCAAAAAAAUCCUCAAUGCUAAGGUGUAAUGUCAUGUAAAAAGUGUAAGAUUACUGUUAAGUUUUCAUUUUCGUUUUCCCCUGAACUUCCCAGUGUUUUGGUUUAGAGUUCUCAGUCUGGCGUUCUCCUUUUUCUUAAGUGAUUCUUAUUUACUUAAGUGAUUCUUUAUUACUCACUAAUUCUGCAGGCCUGUGGGAUGAUAAGUACCUUCCUGGAAAGUUUAGAAUAUUUUUUAAACAAAAUAAGGGAGAUACGUGUAUUCUCAGGUACACAGGGAGCAGAGAGGGUGGGGGUUUCCCUGCCAGCAGCCCAGGGGCCUCACGUUACCUGAAGUCUCUUCAUGAAACUGCAGUCAGCUCCUGGUUCAGCACCCGUUCCUGGUCUCUGGCCCAAAAGCAAGCAGGACAGUUACCCAGCAUCCCCCGCAGUUGUCCCAUCUCUGUUUGCCUAAGAAAGAACCACUGGGGACCGUGAAGCCCCCAGUAGCUGUGAUGAGAGCAAAGGCGUGGCGGCAGCAUCUGCAUGGCCUGCUUGACCCUGUGCACUCUUCCUCUCCUGCCACCGCCAAGACACAGCUUGUGUGUUAAAUGAACCCCCUCCCUGUGGGCCCAGGGUGCAUGGGCCAGUUCUCCCCGGAUCCAGUAAAGCAGCCAAGGUUCCUUCCUGCUUGGCACAGCCAAGCGACCCUCCCCCCUCUGCCGUGCUGAGACCUUCCACAGCUUGCCUGCCAGUGUCCACCCGGGUGGCCUCCAGACGCUCCGCCUGCUCACCACCCACCUCUCCGCCUCCCUCAAUCCAGCCGCCACAGCAGGGCCUGGAGGAGACGGUUCCUGCGGGGGACAGGAGUGGCGCCAGUCAGAAGCCCUCCGGGCAGCUGUGCCCACCAAUCUUCAACAAAGAAAAGACUCAUUUAGGCUGAAGUUCAGGGCCCCAGCAAGAGGAACAAGCCACAGCCACCCGCAGAGCCAGGUGGGACAGGAGAGGAGGACAGUCCGUGGGGAGGAGGGCCGGUGGUACCCGUUCUCCAGCAGCCAGCACAGGUCCUGCGUGAUCUGCUUGCACGUAAAACAACCCGUCCCAGGGCCAUGCACUUCUGGUUUUCCAAUGACUCGGGCAGCAGAACUGAAGCCAAGUGACUUCCCAGGUGGAGCCAGGCCCUCCCCGGGACCACCGCCUGCCGUCCGGAAUCCAGUGGUACCUGGUGGCUUCGUGGCCUCCGGCAUUGACGGAGAAGGUCUCGGCAGGGGGACAGCACACCCAGGGGCCUGUGGCAGCACUGCCCAGGCUUGGGGAGCCGGACGUAGCCUCCAUGGACUGUUGAGUGAAGGUGCAGAUCCCCCCAGCCAGCCGGUAGCUCACCUUUAGGUGUGUGGGUGGGGACUGCUUUCACCCGACACCUUGAUGCUGAGGAGGACAUAUGUCCUUGUGCUGGCAGGUCUGGGGUCCAGAGGAGGCAGGCAGGGUCUUGGCUCUGAUGAAGGUCUCAUCUCACCAGGUCUUGGCCGUCUUAACAGCAGUGGAGAACCCCACAAACUUCACAGCGGGGCACUCCCAGGCUGGCCAGUCCACACAGAGCCCUGGGUCUCAGGUGGGGCAGAGACAGUUAAGCAAGGAAUUCUUGGAGAGCCCAGAGCAGGAGGGACCCUCUGACCCAUGGGCCCUUAAACUCAUCUCUGAUGUCAGCCUCAGCCAGCCCGCCAGCCCCACCUCCACAUUCCUGCAGGAGGGGCUGGGGUUGGUCUCACCUUCCCCAAGUCCACACUGAGCUGUUGGGUUGGCCACGCUGGGGGCAGGGUUGACCACAUGAGCCCCCAAACCUCAGCUUUGAAAGUUGCUGUGGCGAAGCAUUGUCCUUUCUGGCGUGAGGGAGUGAGGGCGCCUCUCCCCAAAGGCCAGGUGGGGCGAGUUCAAGGAGCUCCCCAGGGAGGAGUAAAGCCACAGUGAGAAGGUGGGGCAGAUGCCCCAUCCCAGGGAGGGGUGGGCAGGAGGGUCCUCCCGCCCCAGCAGGCCUUCCCCCCCUCCCCCUCUGCCAGGCCUGCCCUGCUCUGUGCUCUGCAGGAGGCAGCUUCCACCCACGCACCGAAGAAACGCACCCUUCACAGACACGGGAGAUCUCCAAGGUCCCGAGGUGCACUGUUUAGAAAGGCACGGGGCGAACUGAUUCUCAUCUUUUCUAGAUGCAAUAAGUGAGAACUAUCUCGUGUAGUCAUGUUGACACUGGGCAUAAACUGUGAGGGUUCCUAAUGUUCCUCCGAACUGCAAAUAUGUAAAUAAGUUUGUCCCGAGGAGGAGCAGGGUUGGGAAACCUCACGCUUCUGGGCUGAGGGGCCGUUCCAGGGAAGUACCUGCUCACCAGGGUGACUCAUGCUGCGUGAGCACUGCACACCAGGGUGGAAAUGAAAACUGGAACUUCCUUGUAAAUUGUUACUUGGCAAUAAACGCGAAAGAGCUAC